GCGUAUUUUACCUUUUGGUCUGCAUGAUGGUACAAAUACUCUACACAGGAUACUCUCUACUCUAUACUACCUAGGUACAACGUAGACCGUAGAUUUGUAUAAUGUUACCGUCUUAUCUGAACCUCGUGGUCCUAUUACCGCCUUGGCCCGAUCCAGCCAGCCAAUACUCAACAUGUCCUGCACGUGAUAUCCCGUGUUGCACUUUACCCAACCCUUUCUUUACCUUACCUUGCCUUUACCUACAACCCUGUGCAUGGUUGCCAUGGUAUUAUUGCCGUGCCCAUGAUUCAUGCAACUCCUCCCCGCGGCCCAUGUACCUGCAACACUCAGCUGUAAAGCCACCUCUAUCAUCUAUGGCGCCAACACAUUCACAAGCUCACAGCUCAGCCCUGAGUGGGGUCAUCUGUUCUCUUCGUUUUCUUUUUCCCAUGGCUUGCUUGAAGUAUGCGUUCAGCCGUUGUCAACAUCUUUGAGCCUCCUACUCCACGCGUUUACCCGUUGUAACCUUAUCAGCUUGUUGUUCAAAGACAUGCCGAGUUGGGCAGUUAACUGUG